AUGUACAGUGAAGAUAUUGCUCCGACAGAACCGGAGUCGGCGGACCGUGGCCAGCUUUCUUCAGAUUCGCGUGUCAGUCCAAAACUGAUUAACCGUUCUAGGAAGCUUCCAGAAGCUCAGCAGUUGUUGUUGUCUCCGUCUUUUCCAGAACAUAUCAAGAAAAUGAGACACUGCGUAGAAGAGAACUACAGGGUAAUUCAGCUGAUUAUUUCUCAUGGGUCAGCAAUGUUUGGUGACACAUGUCGUAUGAGAGAAGCUAUGAAACGAGCUCAGACAACUUGGUGCGUAUCUGAGCACUACAUGUCAAAGGUCCGAAGUACUUUAAAGCAGUUUGUUCGUGACUGGAGUAAUGAAGGAGCUUCAGAAAGGCGAGCAUGUUACAGUAACGUAACUGAAGCUUUGUGCGCUCACUUCCCAGAUAGAGAAACGAGACAUGAGGUUCAAGUUCUUGUUCCUGGUGCAGGAUUAGGUCGACUUGCUUGGAACUUUGUUCAAGAAGGGUUUUCAGUGCAGGGGAACGAAUUUUCUCUUUUUAUGUUGCUUGCUUCAAAUUUUAUUCUCAAUCAAGGUUUACAAGCAGGUGAAUUUACCAUUUAUCCAUAUGUUUUGGAAACUUGCAACAAUUGGUCUUACGAAGACCAGUUAAGGCCUGUUACAUUUCCCGAUGUUUCAUUAACCUCCGACCCGGAAGAUAGGCUUAAUACUUUUUCUAUGUGUGCUGGAGACUUUUUACAAGUAACGAAAGAUGAUGAUUUUCGUUGGUCUGCCGUUGUCACUGUCUUUUUUAUUGACACUGCCAUGAACGUUAUUGAAUAUAUUGAAACAAUUCACAGGAUUUUAAAAGACGGUGGGAUAUGGAUUAACUUUGGACCUUUGACGUACCAUUUUUCUGAUACCGAUGGCGCACUUGAAUUACCCUAUGACGAAAUAAUCAAUCUGAUAAAAAAGAAAGGGUUCAGAUUUGAAGAGGAUAGACGUUCCGAAGCGGAUUUUAAAGCCCUGUACGCUUCAAAUCAGAAGUCCAUGCUGCAUUACGAAUACCACUGUGGUUUUUUCAAAUGUAUUAAAUAA